UAUGAAGGAAUUCCAAUCCUUUUCAUCCCUGGGAAUCUGGGAGAUUACAAAACAGUUAGAUCGCUUUCGUCCGUUGCCCUUCGAUUGGCUGCAUCUCGUCAUACCCCUUUUCAUUUUGACUAUUAUACUAUGGAUACCGGUGAUGAUCCAACUGCAUUUUCGGGAAAAUUGAUUGAAGCGCAAUCCGAAUACCUUGGUUUAGCUAUCACAAAGAUUCUAUCACUUUAUGUGUCUCAUCCGUCGCCUCCCAAUUCAGUUUUGAUUGUUGCACAUUCGAUGGGUGGCAUGGUUCCGCUAAAUCUGUUGGCGAUAAGUGAAGAACAUCGACCUAAGAUCAACACCUUGAUACUCCUAUCCACUCCCGUUCUGUUACCUGUCUUCUCUCCUGGGUCAUACAUGGAUGAAAUAUAUCUUAGAGUGCAUGAUAUGCUUAUUCAUCGAGCCAGAGGCCAAGAACCAUCGCUAUCCAAUAUUGCCUUGAUUUCUGUCACUGGUGGCACUCGAGAUUUACAGGACAGUGUUUUUCAAAUUAUUAAUGCUGGCCUCAAGGACAUAAUUGAUAUUGAGUUCUUUUAA